AUGUCCAAAUACUGUGAAUUUCCUGACUGCGAAGGCGGCCCAUACACCAAUGAAGAGGCCCGAAAACACAAAUGGCGCUAUCACUCCUUCCCUGCUUCCUUCAUCAUCGGGGGACGCGAGUACAUCGUGGCACAAUCCGACACUCACUAUGCCUGCCCAUUGCCUGGGUGUGACAAAGAAUUGAGGAAGCGCGACGACAUGCAGAAGCACGUCAUCGCUGACCACAACGGCGGCGUCUCCAUCAAGGUCUUUGACACUCGUGAUACUCCGAUGGACCAAGACCGUGAUGUCUCAGCGCAAGCUCUUGUGCCAGGGACUCCGUCCCCUCAGGGGAUUAUUCCCACAGUCGACGAUGGGUCUCCUGUCGAUUCUGACACGGUUAAACUCCUGCCGUCGGUGGACUACUUGAAGUCGAACGAGGCUCUUGAUGCGCUGGGGGUGCCUUCUACAGCUGUUCAACAGGCUUUCUUGGCUUUCUGCUCCGAAGCCGAGAUUUACGAAAAACCCGAGUGCGUCAAGCUACCAAGUGCUGGAGGACCUCCCAUUCAGCUCAUCAGUCCCCCCACCGCCGGUUAUGCAUGUGUUAUGUCAACUGACUGCACCUACUCUGUCAAGGACUUGCCAACCAUGCAAAGGCACUGCAGGGAGAAGCACAAGACGGAGCCCUUAGCAAACGUUCGACAUCGAGCAUGCCUCGUUCAACGGAUUUUCACUGGGGUCAGAGGCUCAUAUUUCGAGAUCUCAAACGACCUUCUUCCAGGAGCCAGACCUCAGCUCAAAGACAGGCUCAAAGAAACGUUCUUGCCUGGAUUGGAUGCUCCCUUGGUCGUUCCCGCUGACACGGAACGAGAACGCACCCCGCUUGUCCGCUGCAUGGCCUGGGACACGUUCAUGACAGAAACCCGCAUGAACCCCGCGCAGAGACGAGCGGCACAAGAAAUCAAGAAGCAGCACGCUGACAAGGAACACGAUGGCAUCCUCACCCGACUCGCUGAGACGGUAGACGAUCAUUUCCACAAAGCAGCGACUAUCUUGGAUGGUCAUCCCCAGAAGCUCAGCCUAAGCAAAAUCUUGGUGCACGGCAAAAACAUACCCCGAGAGACGCGAGUUAUUUCACCACCGCUUGGGAUCAUCUUUGCUGACCCUCCUUCCGUCCGUCCACAGGGAUACAUAUUGGAAGCCGGUCGCAGAAUCAAACAAGAACUAUCCCAAUCAUAUUAUACAAUUCAUUGCCCUCUUAAAUUCUCAUUCUCCCUUUCCGAAGAGCAAACCCGUCUCCUGGAGGAGCUGAUAAUGCUCUUGCAGGAUCCCCAUGCCUCGCGUCGCAGCAGGAUGAUUUCCUACCACAAUCUGGCUUGGUCCCUCGUCGAUGCCGACCCGACGCAGUGCGAUGCAUCGUGGGCAAACCCUAUUCAGAGAGCCAUCUGGCUCAAGGCAUUGCGCGCGGAUGGAAAUUUCUAUGAAGCCACGGAUCUCACUCCCGACCUCGCAAAAUGGAAGUACUUUUGCAAUUUGGUCGCGAUCCUGCAAGCAUUGUUGGACAAAGACCAGGAUACAGACGGCGUGCAUCCAGAUGACUUCGAGCGCGUCGCUCGUGUACACGAGAAAGCGCUGUCGCUGGGUCGCCCUACGUCAUUCAAUAUGAUUUAUGAAAUGCAGCAGUAUGCAUCAUCUCUGGCGUUCAAUCAAACGCAGGAGGCCAAAGUGUUCGUCGAUCCAGACUUCAAAUGGAUCACCAUCGGGGUGGAAACGAUGCACCUGGACAAGCUGGCCCUUACGCAAAGCAACAACGUGAUGACCAAGAUGCCAGAUCAGGUGAAGGAUGAUCUCACAAACACCACGAGGGGCUACUCUUUUAUAUCGGAGAACCCGUUUUUCGAGAAGCGCCAUUCUCUCCUUCUCUUCUUGGUGGAGCAGUAUAACCUUGCUAUGGUGGACAACGCGGGUCGCAUCGCAUGGAACAUACCUGCAGUCAAGGAACUGCUGAGACGCACCCUGCGCAUCUGGGAGCCGGCAUACCAUUUGCUCUACAUCACGACCCACAUUUCUUCGCGCGGAACUCAAUUUAUUGAUCAUCAAAUCUCCAAUGCUGACCGACACAGGAAUCUAUUUAUGCAAGGAGCCGAGAUGUUCCUUCUGACCGGAUACAGUAAGAAAACGAGCAUCACCGAUCGAGACUCGUGCACCCCAGGGUUUGUGCCCAAAGAUAUCGCCUUCUGGAUUCUUGAAUUCUUGGGAGGGGGGCUACGGACCGCUGAGGCCAUCCUGGCAGGGAUUGUGUAUGGCAAGGAUGCAGAGCAUCUCUACAGAACCUACCUCUGUGUCGGGGAUGGGAAGAGAAUCAGCCCGGCAAGGUUCUCUGCGAACGUUCAGCACAUGAACUAUGAAUACUUCGAAUGUCGAUGGGGAUUGAGAGAUUUCCGCCAAGGCACGAUCACAAUGGGUCGUGAAUUCAUCUCUCCCAACGAGUCGUAUGCAGAAGCUGACAGCAUUCUGGCCGAGUCCGCGGAUCAUUCCACUAAUACGGACCACGCACACUACGGCAUCGUCCAUGGAUCAGUACCGAGAUUGUCGAACAACACGAUAAUCCAGCAAAGAUGGGUGUCGAACGAAUGGCACAUCUUCCUCGGUCUCGGUUCCUCGCCGCCUCAACAACCGGUUCGAUUGCGUCGUGCGGAAAUCGCGAGAGCGACGCGAGGGGUCGACUUCGAGUCCAUCUCUGACCAAGUCGUAAAGACCAUGACUGGCGUUCUCACCUCAUUUUUCAACGACGACAUAAAGACCCUCAUCCAACACGCCGUCUCUGCGAGCUUGCAAGAACACCAGAAAAGUAACGAUCCCACCGGACUCAGUUUGUCUAGCGGCUGGGCGCCGCCUGCCAUGGAUCUGGAAUUUAAUACCUCGGAUUUGUUCUUCCAGGACGGGACAGGGAAUGCUACCGCAGCAAAGUCGCCGCGCAGUGAAUUGGGACGUUUGCUUUCAGACUCUCCCCUUCCACCCUCUUCUGCUGCCGCCGUCUCCCAUUUAAUAUCACCGGACUUAUUAUUGCCGGACCCCGGCCCCUCCCCCGACAUUGUGCCCACCAGCGAUCAGGAAGAAAUGUUCACGGUCAGGAAAUCGAAGGGGACAGCUGGAGCCUAUGAUGUCGGCCAGCCUCCACCAGCCACCCCUGCCCCUAUGGCUAACGCCUCAUUACCUAGCGAUCUGGGAGAAUUACCCGCGGUGAGGGCAUGGAAGGGGAAGGCUAGAGCUAUUGAUGCGGAUCAGUCCUCGCCAACCACCGCCACCGCCAAGUGGAAGGCUACAGCCCAUGCCUUCGACCAGCCUCCGUCAUUCACCACCGUCAUGAAUUCUUCGAAAGGGAGGUCCAGGGCGCAGGCUAUUGAACACCCGCCGCCGUUUACACUCGCUGGCAAGCAUGGGCCGUCUAGGACCGUCGUCAAUGCUUCCAAGGCGAAAGCCAGAGACGAAAGUAUUAAACAGCCCCAUUCCACCGCAUCAGCCCUGUCGAGUUCACCCGCUGUGGCGACAGCAGUGCAUGCUUUUGACCGGCCGCCUUCAUUCGCCUCCAUCAUAGAUCCUUCAACAGGGAAGGCUAAGGUGCAGGCUGUUGAAUCGCUAUUCACACCCACUGGCAAGCCUGGACCGUCGAGGACCAUCGCCUAUGCUUCCAAGGGAAAAGCCAGAGACGUCAGCAUCACCCAGGCCCAUUCCUCUGUAUUGUCCCUAUCGAGUUCACCUGCAGUAGCGCCGAUGGCAUACCGCAAACAUCAUCGCCCUCAGCAUAUCAGCGAGCCGGAUGAUGAUGAUGAGGAAGCGCCUAGGAAGCUCAAGCGUCUUCGUCGCCCCAGCACCGCAGCUCCAGACGUUCAGAUGGAGACCAUCAGCCUAACCAGCGAUGACGACCUCUCCAGCUUCAUCGUCCCUGAUAGCGGUCUGUCUUCGUCACCACCGCCCGUCGUUCAGGAGAUGAGAAACAGCAUCCGAGGAGCGAUCAGACAGAUCAUGAAGGAUCCUACCGCUGCAGAAAAGAGUCGCGACCAGAUGGAUGCGCUCGUUGCCAUCAUGACUGAAACUCACGACCUCGUCAUCACCAUGAAGACUGGAGGAGGCAAGAGCAUGUUAUGGAUGGUUCCGCCGGUGCUAGACGAGGCUGAAAAAUGCAUCGUGGUCUGUCCGUUCGUCGCAUUGCUCCAAGAACAGUAUAUGAAGACCGCCGCCACUGGACUACGUUGCCACGACUAUACUGCGCGCAAAGAUGUGCCUGAAAACGUCCAGGUGCUCUUCGUGCAGGUGGAAAAUUGUUCGUCUCAAGCCUUUGCUAGUCUCCUGGUGUCCCCCCUCGGGAAGAAGUUUACCAGAUUCUAUGUAGAUGAGUUCCACGACGUGCUCAACUGCCAUCCAGAUCGCGCGUCAAAAUGGCUCACUCUUGCUCGCCAAUUCAGUGCGGCGUCGGUGCAAAUGAUUCUCAUGUCGGGGACCAUACCUCCUCACCGGGUGGGGAGCUAUGUCAAGCCAUUCGGGAUCCUGCUGCAUGACAUCAACGAAGUCAGGUUUGCGACAAACCGUCCGGAGAUCGGCAUGCACGUCGCACGCGUGGAACCCAUUGCGGCAAGGGAAUCCCUGCAUCACCUCGUUCAUACUCUAUCUCUACUUCUGGGAGACGAAGACCGCAUGCUGGUGUUCUUUAGCUCCACAGCUGAGACAGAAGAAUUUGGAAGAAAGGCUAGGUGCGCUAUGUAUCACAGCGAGCUCUGGCAGCCUGGCAACACGAAGGCGUACAACCUCGACCUGUGGGACCGAGGCGAAUCGAAGGUGAUGGCGUGCACCACAGCUUUCGCUCAGGGUAUGGACAGAUCCAACGUCCGAUAUGUGGUGAUAUUCAGGCCUGCGUAUGGACUUAUCGUCAACAACCAGAUGAUGGGUCGCGCAGGUCGCGACGGCAGAGAAUCUCAUGUGUUCUAUGUCACUGACAAGCAUGGAAAGUCGCUACCUAGCAAGGCGAAGCAUGCAUCAGACCAUUGCCUGGCAGAAUUGGACGACGUAAUGUUUGGCACGGAAUGUAGGCGAUACACCAACGGUCUCUGCAUGGAUGGUGAGCAGCUCGCAUUGCGGUGCACUGAUCCUCCUCGUGGAGUCCCUUGCGACAUAUGUGCCCCCAACAGCGCCAUGCAGCUGUUGAUCCGGAAAGCGUUGGACAACCCUUUCAGGGAAUUGGAUGCCCCUGUGCAAACAAGCUCGGCAGCCGUUGGGUCAGGCUCUGCUUCGCAGGACGGACCUAGUGCUGCGCAGCCGAUGCCUCCCGCGUUUGUGCAGGUCGGUUCUUCGCUUCAAAUGCCCACGGAUGUCAGCCCGUCGACCCAGAACAGCGAUUCCCUGUAUGACUGUGAGUCGGAGAUCACAUCAUCUCAAGCUCUGGUGCUGGAUGCCAUGGAGGUCAUUCAUGGAAAGCGUGCCUCAGGAGCACAGCCUAGACCAUACCAGUCGUCGUCGCAGCCACCUGCGAGAAUCACCUCCAGGGUAGAACUACCGCCUCCUUCCUCGCUUCCCAGCGAAAUUGAGUCCCGUGGCUUCAUCUCAAGAGCAAGGAGAGUGGAUGCUGCACGCACCAGUCGUCUUCAACGCUCCUCCCGUCUCGACAAGUAUAUGCGGGUCUUGAGAGACAUGUGCCCCGUCGAGUUUGCGGUUAGAGGCGAACUGCACUCCACAGAGCUGCACGUCUGCCUGGCGAAACACGACGUGCCGAUGGAUGACUACGGCAGGUUCAAACGCAUUUUCGUCUUCGCUCCCUACACGUAUUGUUUCCACUGCGGCAUGCCCCAGUCGCGGAAUCGCAAUGGAGAGGAGCCCGCAUGCCACGCCGAGUUCCUGUGGGAGAAAGGGAGCAGGUGCCCCUUCAGUGGCUUUAUCUUCAAGGCCGUCUACUGCGUGUGGCAGGUGCCGGGGCUCAGGGACCUUAUGAUCCAGGGUAUCGGUGCAGGAGGAAGGCUCUCGACAUUCGACGAGUUCUUGGCUUGGGUAGUUCAAGAGAACGCUGAAGAAGGCAGAUACAACAAUUGCAUCGAGGCAUUCAUUUGGUUCUGCGAGGAGAUGGAGAAAAUCAAACCCGUCAUGUUUGGCGUUUGA